AUGUCGUCAUCUGCUUGCAAUGAUCCAGCCGCAGCUGCUGAGGAUUUUCUUCAGAGCAUCCACAUCUCGGACCGCUUGAGCUCAGAAGGAGGCAACGAUGAUGAUUGUGGCUCUGUUCCACCCAGUCCGGAACUUGGCAUGGCAAGGGAAGGUGAAGGCGACAUCAGCGAUGCAGACUUGAGUCUAAAAGAAGAGGAGGACUCUGUAGAUCCCAGCCCGUCUGGAACGCUUUCGUCUGUAAAAUCUGUCGAUAGUGCUACAUCCACAACCAGCACCGCAGGCCACGAUGCCAAGCAGCCUCGAAUGUGCGAGAACCAGCAGUCACCACCGAUGAGCGCCCGAAAAGCAAGCUUUGAGCCUGAAUUUGCUCAACUCACGACACCAACACUUACGUGUCCGCCCACACGCCGCAGCGCUAGAGCGAAGGGCUCUCUCGUUUACGAUCAGAAGUAUCAUCCUAUGGAUGACUUCAUUAGACCAUCACAGGCGGCAAAGCGUCGUUCGUUGCAUGGUGAGGCAGUUGUGCUCUCCAGCAACUCAGACACUUCCUCCGAACAGUCUGGCUCCGACGUAGGAAGUAUAGCUGGCGAUGAGGACAGCGAUGAGGGGGGUUCACAGCCACCCACACGAGGACGGCAGGGGAAGAGGAAGAGGUCCAGAUCCCGAACGCCAGAGCCGACUCGACGUUCAUCACGCAGAAAAGCGAUGCCAAAGGUGUCCUACAACAUGAGGAUUCAUCCUCAAGACAGCGACCUGGCGCGGGUCUACGCGUGCGAUGGUUCGAGAAGUUCCCCUUCGCCCAACAAGCGAGAGAGGUUCGGCACCGAGAGCCCCUCGAAGAAGAGUGAAUCGUUCAAAGCCUGCGAUGAGGCGUGCCAUGUUCUUCCUACAGAUGCUCUAAGAGAUGAUACAAUCAGCACACUUUCCCCUGAGCUCUCAUCUCAACAUGUAAUCGCCAAUGAUCCGCCUCGAAUGCUAGACAGGAAGCUCUGUGACGCGUAUCCGAACUUGUGCCCCGAUGUAGCAUAUCUCACAGAUUCUCAGAACGUAUGGCCGGACAUCAAGGGUCUGUCAUUCAGUAUUUUCACGGAGCGCAUGGAAGACCAGUUGGAUGCUGAAGCAGAGGCGGCUUCUCCUUUCCACUACAACGACAACGACAAAGAGAACGAUGUUACCAAUCCUGAGCUCACACCCAGACCCAACCCGCUCGAUGGCAUCUCAAUCAUACCAGCUUCGCAUUAUCGACAACGGCUAGGACUUCACGCACUACCCAGCCAUGGUGCACUGGUCAGCAACGCGCUUUAUGCACAUCCUCGCUUCGAAGCAUCACCGUAUGGUCUGGGCUGGAGCGACGGCGCUCACGAUCUGAACAACGAUGGCACACACGACUGCCCGGUUGACGAGUACAUGCGUAUCUUGGCGUCGAGCGAAAAUCUGCCUCGCUCAUCUUCGCACACAGAAGAUCGCUCGGGUGGAAGCGGGACUGCUGUGAGUUCUUCCCUAGCAAGAAAUGCUGAAGGGCUCGAACUCCUUCGCUAG